CCGGCCGCGCGCGCCACACAGUAGUGACCAGCUGGCGAGAUGGAUGUGACUUCGGUAGAAGCCUUUUCUGGAGCUCUGAAGCAAAUACAGAGUUUCAACUUUGCCAAGACGUUAGUUUUGAUUGGUUCGUCAUGUGAUGGAGAAAAAGAGAAAAUUUUGAGCUGUUCUCAGCUCGGAGAAGGGAGAGAUCUGUCUGAAGAAGCCAUCAUCAUCAACUCAUACCUUCCAGCAGGAGUAAAUGUUUGUGGUUUGUUUCUUCCACAAUCUUCUGGAACUCCUCUUUCAAGCUAUGUUACAGAAAUGAUCUCAGGAGAAAUUGCCAAGAAACUCUUCCCAUCUGGCAGAGUGGUGCUUUUGUUCACAAACGAAGAGGAAGAGAAAUUAGAGGAGAAGGCAGUUUUGUACGAGCUUGAGAGUGGUCAGCGUACGUCAUGUGAUCUGAGAGUCGUAUCAGAUUGUACAAGCUGGGAGCAGAGUGUCUUGAUUUUCAGAAUUAGAUCGGAACUCAGCAUGAAAUGCUCAUACAAGAAUAAGUCUGAGUUACCCAAUGUAUUUCUUCUUCAGUAUAACUUUCUCAAGAACCAGCUUCAGUCUCCAUCAGCCCUCUACCACAUCCAGCAGACAAGUAUUCUAAUCGGUGGUCUACCCAACUCAUCAUCAUCAUCCUCAUCUUCCAAUGUCAUGGGACCGUUAUCUCCUAGCAACCGUAUCCAAGACGUUCUACAGCAUCUUCAGGAUGAUGAAGAAGAUGAUGGGUUUGGAGUGGCUGGUGGAAAGAAGAAGAAGAAAAAAACUAAACUAGAUGGUCAGGUUCUUGAUGUGAAGAUUCUUUUCAAGACAGGCUCUGCACAAACAAAAGAAGAAGACGCACACAUCCCUGUUGUUUUCUACAAUGAUUACCCCGCUGAGAUGCACCAUCUUGCUAUGAACCUGCCUCUAGAUGUGGUUGUCAUGGCACCCGCAUCAUCACCUCUCUCCCACCUAUCCUCUCUCUUCAUUGAAGGAGUCUGCAGGCAACUACGCGCUAUGGAGAUAUGCAUAGCAAGACAUUUUGAAAAACAUGAUAUAUGCAAACCUGAAGCGCACCAUUUCAAACCGAUGGGACUACACCAUUUAUUGACUGUUGUAUAUCCUUCUGGAGUCAGUGAUCAAGAUUUAGAAUCGACAAGGCAAUCGCUUCAUCAGCAAUUCAUCCUUCCUCAGGAUAGACCACUCCUUAGAAGAUUGAAUUCAUACUUGUUUCCCGAGGAGAAGAUGAAACAUGUCUAUCUCAUGAACACACAUAUUGGUCUACUGCCCUCUGGAGUAUCAGGAGGGAAGCAAUCUCUCGUGCAAGGCAAUUAUACCUAUCAUCAUUAUAUGCAAGAUAGGUUUAAUGAUGAUCAAUGGGGAUGUGCAUACAGGUCAUUACAAACACUCUGCUCGUGGUUCAAGUUACAGGGAUAUGUGGAUUGCUCCAUCCCAAGUCAUAAGGAGAUUCAGCAAGCACUAGUUGAUGUUGGUGACAAGCAAGCCAAGUUUGUUGGAUCAAGGCAAUGGAUUGGAUCAAUAGAAGUCAGCACAGUCUUGAAUCAACUCCUAGGGAUCACAUCUAAGAUAAUGUUUGUUCCAAACGGUGAGGAGAUGGCUAUGAAAGGAAGGGAAUUAGCAGCUCACUUCCAGACUCAAGGCACUCCAGUAAUGAUAGGAGGUGGAGUUCUUGCCCACACUAUUUUAGGAGUGGAUUUCAGCGAGAAGACCGGAGAUCUCAAGUUUCUCAUUUUAGAUCCUCAUUAUACGGGUGGUGAGGAUAUCAAGACCAUACAAGACAAGGGAUGGUGCGGUUGGAAAAGCAUUGAUUUCUGGGACAAGACAGAGUUCUACAACCUAUGCUUACCACAGAGACCUAUUGAACUAUGAGAAUAUCUAAUCUUAUAUAGUGAUGAUACAACAUUCUACGACCUAGGCUUACCACAAUGAUCUAUUAAACUAUGAUGUCAUCUAAUACAAGUGAUGAUACAACAUUCUACGACCUAGGCUUACCACAAUGAUCUAUUAAACUAUGAUUUCAUCUUAUACAAGUGAUGAUACAGCAUAGUACAACCUAGGCUUACCACGAUGAUCUAUUAAACUAUGAUGUCAUCUUUAGUGAUGAUACAGCGUAGUACAACCUAGGCUUACCACGAUGAUCUACUAUGAUGUCAUCUUAUACAAGUGAUGAUACAGCAUAGUACAACCUAGGCUUACCACGAUGAUCUACUAUGAUGUCAUCUUAUACAAGUGAUGAUACAGCGUAGUACAACCUAGGCUUACCACGAUGAUCUACUAUGAUGUCAUCUUAUACAAGUGAUGAUACAGCGUUUUACAACCUAGGCUUACCACAAUGAUCUAUUAAACUGUGAUGUCAUCUUAUACAAGUGAUGAUACAGCGUUCUACAACCUAGGCUUACCACAAUGAUCUAUUAAACUAUGAUGUCAUCUUAUACAAGUGAUGAUACAGCGUACUACAACCUAGGCUUACCACAAUGAUCUAUUAAACUAUGAUGUCAUCUUCUACAAGUGAUGAUGCUUCGUACUACAACCUAGCCUUUACCACAAUUACUCAUUGAACCAAACUAUCUAUACAAACUGAACUAUAUUAUGUGCUUAGCUGUUGAACUAGGAUAUCCUCUCCCAUUGACGAACUAGCCCAGUUUCUGUCCUAAGAAACUCUUCCUAAGAAUCCCAGCCAUGGAUCAGUUUCUUUGGCAAGAAGCUCAUCCAUACUGUGCUGCACUCAACCCUGAUGAGGUAAAUGGGAGCCUGUCACAAAUUUAUUUGUUGAAAUGAAUGUUUCUGCACUGUAAAAGGCUGUGGGGUGAAAGCCAGGCUAAUAAUAUCCAGGUCUUUUAGAAGUGCAUAAGAAGUUUAUAUCAUAAUGUAAUAUGUGCUGUACAAGAACUGUGUUAUAUCUAUUAUCAACUUAUGCAAGCUACAAGACAGCUAACUACAAUUUUUGUUUAGUGUAAUAUUGAAUUC